AUGGAUCGCUGGGUCGGAAAAAUUGCUAUUGUCAGUGGAGUCAGUUCUGGAAUCGGCGAACUGCUCGCCAGAGAAUUAGUUUCUGCUGGUGUUAACGUUCUGGGACUCGCUCGACGUGAAAAUAAACUUCAAGAAUUAUCGAAGAGCUUAAAGAAUACAAAAGGCGCCUUUCAUUACUUAAAAUGUGACGUGCGCAAUGAGCGAGAUAUAGUCGAUGCUUUUGCGUAUGUAGAAAAAAAUUUUGGCCAGCUCGAUAUUUUGAUUAACAAUGCCGCUGUUUUGAUUGAUAAUUCUUUUGAAAAUGGAAAAACGGAAGAUUAUCGUUCACUUUUAGAAACAAAUGUCCUCGCGCCUGCUCUUUUUAUCCGCGAAGCCUUAAAAUUAAUUCGCAAGCACAAAAAUGAUGCUUAUAUUGUCAAUAUCAACAGUAUUUGUGGUCUGAAUGCAACGGUAGUAGAUUUGCCGAUGGGUUUGUACCCAGCAAGUAAAUUUGCUAUGACUGCAAUGAAUGAGACAUUGAAAAAAGAAAUCAAAGAUAACAAUGACAAAAUUCGUGUAACUGCAAUUCAUCCUGGAGUAACAGGUACAGAACUCUUUUUUUCAUCUGAGCUUCACCGUAAUAUAUAUAAUAACACACCUUAUUUAAAGCCUAAGAACGUGGUUGAUUGUAUAAUGUUCGCUUUAUCAGCUCCAUCUCAUGUCCAAAUUGACGAGCUAAUUGUCACUGCAGUUGCAACCAAAAAGUGA